GAAGACUGCUUAGUGAAAUUAUUGCAUUGCUAUUGGUUGAGUCUGAAAUUUGAAAUGCCGUCAUCGGAAAAGGGAAAAGAACGUCAACAGUGAAGCUUUCUGUGAAAAAGCAAUGGGUGAGAACUCUGAUGCUGACCAGAAAACAUUGAAGAGUCAGGCAAGGUCGGCUGAAAUUGGGCUACACGAAUACAGUCUCAUCCUCAGGAAGUUUCAAUCCACAAGCAGAAGCCAGGGAACGGCACCCAGAGGAGGUCAAAAGCCGCUUAGAGACUCCCGGUUAACAAACGAGAUGUCUUCACAAAGGGAGGCGGCUCGUCACUCAGAGGCCGCAAUGGACUUCCAAGCCAAAGCGGCGUCCCGCAUCACCGUCACCACGAUGUCACGCUCUGAGACUUCCGCCGCCAUCUCCUCCUCCGGCAAAAGCGCCAACGUCACGUUGGUGCCGCAGUACUCCAAGGAUGCGCUCGCGUGUGAAGGUUCUGAGUUGUGCUUCGAGGAAGUGCGAGCUCAAAGGUUCUUCCAAAAGAUGCAAGAGAAGCUGCAGAACAAGCAGACAGGAAUCCGAGAGGAAAAGGUGAGGAAUCAGAGCAGACUCGACAGCCUUGAACUUGAAAUGAAACCUAUCCUGCCAUGCAAGCUGCCUGCAGCACACAGGGUGGAAGGUGAGCAUCCCGAGCCUGACCUGAAGGACUUUGGGCGUCCUCGUGCCUUUUCUUGCCUGAGCAGCAGACCCCCGCUCAGCCUCGUUCAAAAGUCCAGUGUUCUACCAGAACAUUCUCAAAGCUGGAGGUUCCCCACAACGCCCGGCGGCAACACAAUCGGCUCAGACGAAUUCCGUCAUGCAUCCGUUUUGGCUGAGCAGAGGAAAAGUUUGCUCAAAGACACUUCUGGGUCCGAAGACAGACGCCCAUCGGAAUCAUUGGAGACGCUGAAUGCAUCACAGGAAGGCACCGCCAGCGUUUCCCACAUCACUCCCAACAACUCACUGGCUUUGGCGCACGCCACUCCAUCAUGGGUGCUGCCAUCUCCUACUGUCAACACACGCGAGGCUCUGGGUGUCAUCAUGGACAUGUUCCAGGCCCCCACGCUCCUGGAGGACCCUUCCAACAACAUCUCAGCUUUCCUCGCUGGCGGGAGGCCGCUGGAUGACGGGAAUUCAACAUAUGUCCCCGCCCUGCUGGCCGACGUGAGCGCCCACCAGCCCUUCACCGUCUACCAGGAUGACUGUCACAAAGAAAAUGUCACGUCCGCCCCGCCCCAAGCCGCACACAAGAGUAAACCAGUCCGAGCCUUGUCUGAGCUGCCACUGUCCGAGUGGAAAAAGACCAGCAUGAGUGAGGACUGUCCCCAGGACAAGACGCCUGAGGAGACCACCAUGUGGGGCGCUCGCGACAAUGUGCUCAGCUCUCUGGCGGCGUGUCCCAACAGCACCGCCGACUUCGCCAUGCUGGCACACUGCGUGUCCACGCCCUUCACACACAAAGCGCCCGCCAACGUUUUCCAGGACGAAGACAACAAGUGUGAUGGCACAGAAGCCAAUGAAAAUGCUUUCAUCAGACGUCAACACAAGCUCAGCCCCAUCAUGGAGCAGAGUCCGUCUGACGACAAGCCGCCCGACGCCGCAUCCAAUGUGGCCUCAGCAGCGUCACACUGCACCAUCAUGGGGGAGCCGCUCUCCGCCGCCGGCGCCGACUGCCACCUGACUGCAUCCACCUCCACCAUGAUGCCCCCGCCGCCCACCGUGCUCUCCUUCAGGGAGCAGACGCUCGGCCCCUGUGACUCAUCAGCCCCCAGGACCAGUGGACUUCACUGGGGCGUGGCCUCUGACCCGGCGCCGCCUGCAGACUGCACCUCUCUCAGGGGUCCGUUUAGCAUCCCGAACAACUUAGAACACAGCAGGCAAAAAGCCGGGGACCUUCCCGCUGCGUCCGACUGGCCGCCCACCCCCACAGCCCAGCCCAACCUGGACGCUUUCCCCAGUCCACGUAGGGGUCUGGAUGUCUGCAUGAGUCCAGAACCUCCAUGUGACGUGCCCAUGAGCCCGACGCCGCUCGCCUCGCACGAUGAGCCUAUGGCGAGCCCGGAAAAAGACCCCGUUCCCGGGGCGAGCCUCACCGGGCUGCUUUCGAAUCCGUGGAGCAGCGACCUCAUCUCUGAACUCCUGUCACGUAUGAACCCGCCUCUCAGCUCGCACUCGCGAUACGUCAGCUGGCGGCACAGCCUCCCCAACAUCACGCCCAAGAUGAGCAUCAGCGUGGGAAACUGGUCUCUGCGAGUGGACCGCGUCCUGGGCAAAGGAGCGUUCGCCACGGUUUAUCAGGCCACCAACCCCGAGAGCUCAGAGCAGAUGGUGCUGAAGGUGCAGAAGCCGUCCAAUCCCUGGGAGUUUUACAUCAACACUCAGCUGGACGCUCGCCUGCCGCCGCACACGCGUCGCCUGUACGGCCGUGUCCAUUCUGCUCACCUUUUCACCAACGGCAGCAUCCUGAUGGCUGACCUGCAUCACUACGGCACCCUGCUGAACGCCAUCAACGUGUACAAGCAACUCGGCGAGAAGGUCAUGCCUCAGCCGCUCGUCAUCUACUUCACCUUGUGCAUCUUGCGUAUGGUGGAAGAACUGCACACCGUCCGCAUCAUCCAUGCCGACAUCAAACCCGACAACUUCAUGCUCUCACACGAGUUCUUGGAGAACAAGUUUGCUUGUGACAACUUGGAGCAGGGUCUGGUCCUCAUCGACUUGGGUCAAAGUAUCGACAUGGACCUUUUCCCAGAAGGAACGGCUUUCACCGCCAAGUGUCUGACAUCAGGAUUCCAAUGCACUGAGAUGCUCCACGGGAAACCCUGGAACUACCAGACGGACUAUUUUGGGAUUGCGGGCACGGUGCACUGCAUGCUGUUUGGGACGUACAUGCAAGUGGUGAACGACGGCGGCGUGUGGAGGACCACCGCCGUGUUUCGAAGGAACCCUCACAGCGACAUGUGGCUGGACUUGUUCCACGCGCUGCUCAACAUCCCCCAGUGCGGCCCGUUGGCGAGUCUGAGCGCCCUCCGCCACCGCCUGGAGUCCGUCCUGCAGGACAACUACAGCAGCAAGAUGGCGUCACUAAAGAGCCGCCUGGUGGUUCUCCUGCUGGAGAGCAUCAAGGCCGCUCGCAGAUGACACCUCCCCACCCCAUCCGCACACGGCCGGCCUCCCGUGUUACGCCCCCUAGUGACUUUUUAGCGGAGUUGAUGAGUAGGUGUUAUGAUCUUCUGGUGUUGGACGGAGAAAACAAUAAAGACAAACAAGCAAUA